AUGCUACACGUUCGUCCCAAAGCCUUGGUCAAGUACCCGCAAAAGAACGGAUAUGUACCUCCAUCACAAAAGAUCACCGAAUACAAAACACCUACGGAACACACGACGGUGACGGAAGAAUUCGCCAUGUUUGAAUAUGAACAACGGCGGCCGCAAAAGCACGAGACGACAAGGCUGGUGACACCACCUCCAGCGAAGCGCUUCCAGCAGGCUCACCGGCAGGAAGAGGAGCAUCUGGAACGGUACGACAUGGAACAGCAACAGAAAGCUGCUGGUCAUCCUCCUCACUUCACCCAAACGCUCGUUUCGGCUGUCGCUGCUGACGGAGACACGGCCAGAUUUGAGGGUAUUGUGACAGGUUGGCCUGCUCCUACUGUGGAAUGGACCAAAGACGGUGUACCGAUCACGAGAACGUCGCUUCCUGAUCUCGAUAUUAGCAAUAUUGGGGGCCGAGUCUCGCUGUUUUUCAAGAAGUGUAGCACUGUGCACAGUGGAAAGUACAUGUGUACAGCAAGGAAUGCAAGUGGAGUGGCGACGAGUAGUGCCCAACUGGUAAUAAGACCAAAAACCAUUGCGCCAGACUUCAUUCGACGGCUGAUCAGUGAAGAGGUGGUCGAAGGAUCCCAACUAAAAUGGACCGUCAAAGUCACCGGCGAUCCUCAACCAAAGGUCACAUGGAUGCGGGACGGCAUUGAGAUCCCAGACUGUGAUGAAGUCAGAAUAAUCGAUGAAGGCAACGGUGUGCACUCACUGGUCAUCGUUCAAACCGAAAUGGCUGACAGCGGACAAUUCACUUGCCUAGCGGAAAAUGUCGCCGGAGAGGCGCGAAGUACAGCCGAUCUCGUUGUAAGACCUAGAGGGACUGGUCCCGGCAGUUAUUUCCAUAUUACCAAAGUCACUCAGGAAAAACAGGUUGAAGGAGAACGACCAGUGCGAAACACGGCUUUCACCGUCGAGAAUCCUCCCAUCCAAAGCGCUAUGUUAUAA